AUGGUAUGUGAUGUUGGAGUAGGAUUUUGCCUAAUAGCUCCUAUAUUUUACCUUUUAGUGUUAUGGUUAUUUGACUAUAACGGCACUGAUCGAAAUUCAUUACCCAGUAUCAUUCGUCGUGUGACUGGUGCAUUAUGUUGUAAUGUGGCAUUUAUACUUAUUGUGCAUUUAAUUUUAUCAUCAAAUGAUAGAAAUUCAUUUUUUGAAAUGGGAAUAAAAAAAGAAGGUAUAGUGGCAUCAUUAUUUAUUUCUCCAAUACCAAUAAUAUGUUUGUAUUUUGGGACAAUUAUUAUGUUGGGACUUGAUGGUAUUUUGAAAGAAAUUUUUACUCUAAAAGGAUGGAGUGAUUGUUUAACAGAUAGAAUUUUUAUUCGAAAUGUUGUAUUUGCUCCGAUAUCAGAGGAACUAGCUUUUAGAGGUUUUUCCCUGUGUCAUUUACAUCAUAUAUUAGAUGAUACUAGAAAAGGAUCAUCUAUAAUAAAUUCAUUAUUAGCAAGAUUGUUCCAAUGUACAUACUCAUAUUUAUUUGGAGUUUACGCAGCUUUUCUUUUCUUAAGAACUGGAAAUGUUAUAGCUCCAAUAAUAUCACAUGCAAUUUGUAAUUGUUUAGGACUACCAUCUAUUGUUGAUAUUAACGAAUAUCAAGAUAAUUCACCUAAAAUAAUUUUAUAUCUAUGUCAUAUAUUUGGUCUUGUAAUGUUUAUUUAUUUAUUAUUUCCAUUAACGGACACAACUCUUUAUCAGACCAUAUGA